ACCAUUGGUCGGUUAACGUGGUGCGCAUGCCCAGUCGUCCAUUCUUUUUCCUAGCGAAGGCAAGGCACAUCUGAUUAUUUUUUUAAAAAUAUGGCUGAUGACCACGAUUUCCACAGUGGAGAAUCAGGUGCGUCUGAGACCUAUCCUGCUCAGUGUUCUUCUCUUCGCAAAAAUGGUCACGUUUUAUUGAAAGGUCGUCCCUGUAAAAUUGUAGAAAUGUCAACAUCAAAAACAGGCAAGCACGGGCAUGCCAAGGUUCAUAUGGUUGGAAUAGAUCUUUUCACUCAGAAGAAAUAUGAGGAUAUAUGCCCUUCCACUCAUAAUAUGAAUGUACCAAUUGUCAACAGAAAAGAUUUCCAGUUGUUGGAUAUAGUGGACGGAUAUUUGUCUCUACUGGAAGAUGAUAGCUCUGUGCGUGAUGAUAUAAAAAAUCCUUCUAAUGAGCUGGGAAAAGAAAUUGCUGACCGUUUUGCAAAUGAGGAACAGCUAUUGGUUACAGUUCUCUCUGCAAUGGGCCACGAGUGUGCUAUUUCAGUCAAGAACUGUCCAAAAUAAGGCCAGUGUUGUAUUCCUGAUAUUGAAGAUUUGAAACAUCCAUGCAUUAGUCAACACCAACAUGACUUGACAGCGGCAUUUACAUUUUGUUUCUUUUAAAAAUUAAAAUUGUAAUUGUUAAACAUGGUUAUUAUCAAAUGUUUUGACUUCCAAAAACAAUAGCAUCUCACAGGUGGUUGUUGUACCAUUAUUGGUGGGGGAUCUCGUUGCAAUACUCAUUCAUGUGGGAUUAUCUUUGUCUUGUUCUCAAUGCUCGUUUGUUUGGAAUAUCAUGACUAUUUAAUUUACACUGGUUGGUGCUGAUUGUCAAGUCAUUGGAUCAGUCUUAUUAACAAAAUAGAAAUCUAGACUUUAUUUUUUGUCGUUAAGUUUGUGUUCAAUCAGGAAACAAAUUUUGGUUUCUUAAUUUUCGCUAUUGAAAAAACAAAAUGUCCUAUUGUCAAUGUUUAAAUUUCAAAAAACUUGAAUUUAUAGCGCUGCAAAGUGCAUGGAUGUUAUUGGUAUGCAAUAAUACUUCAACCAGGAAAGAUAACGUGCAUCUCCUGAUUGUGACUUGGUUAUUUCUCAGUAAACUAAAACUUUUAUUCAACACAGUUAUUGUCACGGUAGUUUUACCCCAUCAAAAAAUAUCCAGUCCACUUUAUUCUUAUCUCUUGACAUUUCUUAAUAAUACCAUCUUCAAUUAUGAAUUGCUUGAUAGCAAGUUACUUGUAUGUAUCUACUUCUAAUGGCGACAAAUAUACAGUCUUCAAACCAAUGCAA